AUGGAUCGUGGUCGACAGGAUUGCAGGCCCGGUGCGCAGGUGAACAUCUCAGAAGAAUUGCGGUCUGCCAUCGAGUCACUAAAAACAUCGACUCGCGCCAUUGAGCGACAAACGACACUCCUCGAGGCUCAGAGCUCUUUGGCUGACAAGUUGAACCUCUUUCCUGCUGCUGCUGCUGCUACUACUACUACUGCCGAGAGCACCCAAAGCAAAGGUCAUGCAUGGCACUUUGCCCAGAGAGAAAAUGCACAAACCCAACAUGUCAAGUUUGCGAAUGAGGAUCUCUCCCAGACACUAAACACAGAACUACAAAACGAAAGCGACAAUGUCGCAAAGAACAUCAGACCUGUCCACGCCAUCGUCUCCGAGACGUUCAAUUCCGACGACCGUACUCUCGCCGACUUGAACGACGUCGACGACGUGGUCAAGCCAUCUCCGUCGACGACCGCGCCGGAUAUCGACUCGUUGCGUACUCGGACCGCGAAGCUCACCGCUGCACUGUGCCAUUUCCGCCAACAAGCUCUCAAAGACCGACUCGACCGUAUCUACCUGGAGAGUCUUGACCGAUCGACCAAUGGUGACGAUUCGAAUGAUUUUUCUGACGCCUCGGCCACCGAAGUUCAAACCGAUCUAGCAUCGCUGUACGCAGAGAUUGACGAUGUGGUCACCAUGGCGGUGUCCCAAGAAUUUGGGAAUCCAUUCGACUCCACCGUCAAGACCAUGGAGCGGCUCAAGGACCAAGCUGGUCGAGCACGCAUCACUCAAACUCAUGACGAGUUACUCUCCAUGAGCCAACACUUACAACACACGGCGACCAGACUUGAGAAUCUCCAGGCCCAAAGGGUCGCCUUGGAUACAUUGGCCAACGAAUACAAAAACGUCGGCUCGGAACGUCGAAGCUCUACUCGAUCAAAAUUACACCGAGCCGAAUCACCAACACAGGCCGAACCCCCUGCUCUUCUCUCGUUGAUGCAGCAUCUUGGGUUAUCAGACACUGGACUCGACCAGAUAGACGGCCAGAUUGAGCAGCUGGAAUCCAAAUACACAAAUCAAGCCCACGCAAACAUGGAACAGAUGCUUCAAAUUUCCCGGGACGCCCCAAAAUCGACGCAAUCGGCCCUGACGGAUGUUUCACGGGCACUUUCAUCGUCGUCCUCGACCUCGCAGAACCAAGACAUUCAAACCCUGGAACGACAAAUCUCUUCUGCCAGGAUCCAACUUGCGAACAUCGCCGGCUCGGUAUCAUGAACUACCACCGAAACCCCACAUGAACAUGAACGCCAAAUUAUGACAGCAACAAGAGUCUAAAUCCGAACCUAACCCGUCCCAGAGCACUCGUUUAUGUUGCCCGGCGCAGUGAAACAUGCUCGACACUCUCACAUCUUGCCAUAAACAUCCUCGACGGCCUUGUCACGUCCAUAAUCUGCGAUACUCUUCUCC